AUGGUACUCCCUCUAUGGAAGUGGUUUGUCCUCCACUGUUCUAGAGGGUAUGGUUAUGUGAGGCUACAAGCUGAAAACAGCCGGUUCGGCGCCGAUAAGUCAUGCACAGUUACGGUUUUACUUGGUGCAGUGGUUCUCUGUGUACUCUUCUCCAUAUCGAAUUUCCAUGCUGCUGAGCAGGAAAUUGGUAAUCUCGCGGUUAAUGGCAAAUCAUUCUCGUCUGCUACCGACUAUUUGACUCAAAUGCGGUUGGGCGACUUGAAUGAGUGGAUAUACGAAAAAGGGGACUGGAAACAUCCAGUGCACACGCAUACUUACCCUGUGCAGAUUGUAAAAUUUGGUGAUGAGGAUAGUGCCAGCGAAGCUGAGGAGGCUGGUUUCUUCUUGGGAGAUUGGUACGAUACCAUCGGUGGGUUCAACUUCAGUGGGAGUGGUAUUACAGUGAGGUUUUGGUCGGUCGAUUUCACUGGUGGUAUUGUGGUGCAUUGCCACAUACUGUAUCAUGAGGAUAGGGGCAUGAUCGCCAUAGCAGAGACAGUCGAAUAA